AUGAAGAAUAAAAAGAAAACAAUUCACAUUAAAAUAUUUACUCUUAUCCUCCUAACGUGCAUAUAUAGCUAUUCUAAUGAGUCUCAUCUGGGCAAAUAUUUGUGUAAUAAACAGUAUGACAACAAUGUUUUAUGCAUAAAAAAAGAACGCUUAUUGGCAAGUAAAAAAAAAAAGGGAAGCGAGUACAAAAAAGAAAAAUUAAAAUGUAACUUAGAAUCUAGUCCAAAAAAUAAAACAACAGGGAAUAAUGAUGAUGUUACGUCAAAAUCUCCAAAAAAAAAGAAAAUUAAUAACAAAGAUUUAAAAUCCAAAACUCCAGUAUACAAAUCUGCAAAAGGAAGUGAUACGCGCUUUGAUAAAAAAUCAUUAAAUCACCAAGGAAAAUUAGAUAAAUUUAAUAAAAAUGGCAAAACAUUUAGUAAUACCUCUAAAAGAAGCGCACAUACAACGUACAGUUUAUGUAUAUUUUUGUGUCUUAUUAUUUUGUCUGUUGUAUCAUCAAUUCCAAUAUGGUAUUUUUUUGUGUUCAAACCUAAUAUUACAAAUGACUUCGGUAUACAUAAGAUCAUUGGAAUAUCUGCUGCAACAUUUGUUAUAUUACUUAUUAUAUUAGUAUCAUUAGUUACGCCUACAUGGGCUAAUGUUUCAAAGUGUCUUAGAUUAAAUAAGGGAAAGCAAAAAAAUUAA